CUUACUGAUUCAUCUACGGUGUCACUGUCAUUGUGCACAACCAUGAGCAGGAACUUCUUGUCCAUGAACGAAGAGCUCCGUAAGGGAGACUUCCUGUUAUCCAACAACCGAGAGUACAAGGCAAUCUUUCAGGAGGAUGGGAACUUUGUGGUCUACGGCUGGAGACCUCUGUGGGCAUCUAAUACAUGUGGCAAAACCGACGCCCAUCGGCUGAUCAUGCAAGGAGACUGCAACCUCGUCAUGUACAUGCCGGGCAGACCCGUGUGGGCCACCAAUACUGACCGGAAGGACGCCAGAAUGUGCCGUCUGACUCUGGGCAACGACGGCAUUCUUGUUGUCGAGAAUGAUGCGGCUGUGGUGUGGAAAUCUACUAAGUCUAAUUAAAAGCAAUGAAGCAAUCUUGUCUCAAAACUCUCUGCAGCUGUCAGGAAAGUUAUAAAAUAAAUCAGUAAAGAGAAGCAGCA